CUGAAAUACACCUAAAACAAACAGAUUAAAGCAGAUUAUCAGGGAUUACUUGCAAAAAUUUCAUUUAAAUCUGUGGCUUAUCCAUAAUUUCAUCAAAAAAGUAAUCUCUUGUUUUUGCUCCCCUCCGUCGUGUCUUCCAUUUAGGAUCCCAACUGUGGAGCUGAUAAUGAGUGGCAGGGUCAGGCCUGAGUGUGUUAAUCAGGAUGUAGGAGGACAUUAGUGUGGGUCACCAGACAGCACGCAUUACUUAUUUCUCCAUAACCCCCUUCUUAUAAACAACUGGAGAACUUAUGUGACCUCAGACUCCUUCUGACUCAAGGAACAUUCAACAAAAUUACAUGUCACCAUAUGGACACCUCGGUUUUAGUCUUUGAGUGCUCCAUUCAACCAUUUAAUUUGACUUUCUUGUUAGGUGACAAAUUCCAUUUGAGGAUGUCCUCUAUUUCAUCUUUAGAUACACAACUUUUAAUGAUAAACUGAGGUCAAGGGAUGUAUGGCCACAUAUUUCACCCCAGGGAUCAAUAGUAAUAUCACAUUAAAGCUGUAUGCGCAGCAUAUUCUUAUGUCCUUGCAUCCCACUCUUCUCUCCUCUUGUGAACCCUCUUCUACCUAAAUCCUCUCUUGUUCAUUUUUUUCUUCCAUCUGUCCUUUCCCACGUGUAUCAGCUUCAGAGCAUCUUGUCCUGCUCCCUCCCCUUUCGCUCUCUUUAUGGUCCUCUCUUUUAAUCACUCCGACUUUCCAGUAUCUCUUUGUCAGCUUUGUUUUCUUAUCUUCAGUCUGUACUGUUACGUCACGUUUAUCUUUGCUUUCCAUUUAAACCUGGCAGCUCAUCACCUCUUAAAACCACCCCAAAGCAUCUGUCCUCCCCUUCUGACUCCAUCUGUGACUGUAUUCAUACCCUCUGUCCCGUUUGUCUUAUUUUCCACAUUCAGUCUCCCCCUUCUGCUCCCUCUUUGCCUUACUUUAUCCCUUCCGCUCUCUUUCGAAACAUUCCCCUGCCUCCCUCUUGUCCUUCGUGGCCAUGCUGGAGCGUCUGUCUCGUCGCUCUCGGUCCCUACUGUCUCUGACCUUGACCACUCUGGCUCUGGCCCUCUCUAUCCUGGCUCUCUGCACCUCCUACUGGUGUGAGGGCACUCACAAGGUGGUCAAGCCCCUCUGCCUGUCACCCGUCAAAAUGAAGAACUGUGGUCAGAACAACAGCGAGCCUUACACCACAGAGAGUCCCACUCAGAACCCCUUCAACCGCACACUAUCUCCAGCCAGAAGAGAGGAGCUGGCCAAGAUCAGACAGAGGCAGCUGGCCAACGCUGUGCACUAUAUCUGGGAGACGGGAGAAGACAAGUUUGCAUUCAGAUAUUUCCACACUGGCUUCUGGGAAAGCUGUGAGAAACACAGUGAUGGGGAGAAAUGUCGCAGCUUUAUAGAGUUAACUCCAGGGGAAACACAAGGUGUGCUCUGGCUGUCAGUGAUUUCAGAGUUUACAUACAUUGGCCUGCUGGGGAUGGGCUUCUUACUGAUGUGGUUGGAAGUUUUGUGCUCACAUAAAGAGAUGCAUUCGCUAAAAAUCAAUGCCUAUGCAGCUAUCUGUACAGUGCUAUCAGGUCUUCUUGGGAUGGUAGCCCAUAUGAUGUAUACCACAGUGUUUCAGAUGACAGUCAUUGUGGGCCCCAAAGACUGGAGGCCUCAGUCCUGGGACUAUGGCUGGUCAUUUGCUCUUGCCUGGGUGUCCUUCAGUUGCUGUAUGGGUGCAGCUGUUGUCACACUCAACUCCUACACAAAGACCAUCAUAGAGCUUCGUCGCAGACAGAGGCUACGAUUGGAGGAAGCGAGAGCCGGCAGUCAUGCCCCAUCCUAUGAUGAGGUUGUUCCAGGGGGAGGGCUCUACUCUGUCAGUGGCCUAUUGCAGUGUCCAGACGGCAUGAUUGAUGUUGCAUGGGCCCCGAAUGGCAGCAUGGUUGGAAUGGGAAAUGGAGAUGUACCAACGCUGGUUUUGGUGGGAGGCUGUGGGCCAGAGGGGUGUGAAGACUGUGAGAGAGAGAUGGAUGAGAUGGAUGAGGCCAUGGACCGAGUUGAUUCACCGUGUUAGGGAGUCAGUUACAUCCAUCAACUAAAAGGGCUGAAAAACUGAAAAAGGAAAGACACUGUCACUGUGCUGGAGAAGAUCUUGUUUUUCUUUUCUUCCACUUUGAUUUUCAGUGAACUUUGGACCAACCAAGCUUGAAGGCGUUGAACUCCACACAUCAAAAUCUACAUUGUAUGUAUAGGCCACACUAACAUGCAAGAGUGCAUGUUUUCUUGGUAUUUCUCUGUGCCUCAUGGUAGGAAAGUAAAUUGUCUCUAUAUUUUAUUGUUUAUAUGUUAUUUUAUUGCCCAGAUAAGUGGCAGAUGAUGACAUGACAUGACAUGUUAUUUUAUUGUUUAUAUAUUAUCUUGCAACAUAUCAGGAUGACAGUCAUCUCAGUGAUCUUUUCAAAAACAGGAUGGAUGUUUCUUUUUCUGUUGAUCCCCAAAAGAGCAGCCUGUUCUUAAUGGUAAAUAUACAAUAUAUUCUCAAUAUAAAUUCUUCUCUCUCUAUGACAAACAUUUCAGUUCAAUGCAUUAUUACCAGAAGCUACAACAAACACAGUCUCUGUGCAGAUGCACAGACAAACCCAUAAGACAGACACAUAGAGAUAGAAAGAUUACAGAGAUUUUGAAAAGUCUGCUCUCUGAUGUUGAACAGAAGAUUAUGUGUAAACCAGUAAUCCCGAGUUGGAUGGAAAGAAAGAGGAACAGAGUGAGGAGAGAUGGAAGGCAUGUGAAGGGAUGGAGAUGGAUAGGGAGAGGGGUGGAGGGGAGGGGGGCAGGUUGUUGGGGGUCAGGAUGAAAGUUGGAUGGAAAUGCAAGCACGCACACCCACAGACUACAAACAUACACAUUUGAACAAUCUGCACCAUGAAAACAUCACACUGUCAGGGAAAUAAUGGUUUGAAAUGGAUAUUACUUAAUAUGUUUCUCUUCAAAUUAUAUAGGAAAUAAUUUCUAAUAUGUUAAAUAAAUGUACUUAAAUUUACCUCAAAUGCCUGUAGGUUACUCAUUUGGUAUAAUCCUGGAUUUACUGUCUGGGAUAAAUACAGCUGAAAAACUGAAGACCUAAAGCAGCAUUUUUGUCAACCACCCAUAUUUUAUUACACAGCAUGUUUCUAGGUCAAAGAAGAAUUUAUUGUUUUGUGAGAGAGAUAAAUAAAUUGACUUUCAAAGCACACAUGUAUGAGAAAACCUUUUAUUUAUUGUACAGCGAUUAGAGUACAACACUUUUGAGCUACAGCCGCUAUGAAGACAUUUUAAAUUAGGUAAAAAAAAAAAAAAAGCUUUAAGCUAACAAUCUGGUAUGAUACUUAUAUAACUGCCAUUAA